CAUUCAUUGUGGUUGCAAUUGUCAUAGGGAUAAAUUAAUGUUGCUGCCUCAAAUUUGAGUUCAUUUUAGUGUUAUAUCGAAUCCCAUCAUGAUUUCAUUGAAGUUUCUGUUGGUUUUAUCUAACGCUUUCUGGUUGUGCAAAGCUGAAGAUGAACUUGUGGCAGUUACAACGCUGAUGCGACAUGGAGCUAGAAUACCUAACAACUUCUAUCCAACUGAUCCAUAUUCUAAAGUGAAAUGGCCUUUCGUACUAGGAGAUCUAACAAAUGAAGGCAUAGCAGAAAUGCACGAUGUAGGAAAAUGGCUGCGGAGAAAAUAUAGCGAUUUUCUGUCGAAAAAAUACGAUCCCAAAGAGAUGUACGCACAAGCUCUUGAUUACGACAGAUGCAUCAGAUCUGGUGAAGCUUGUUUAGCAGGUCUGUAUCCACCCACUUCUGCUGAAAACUGGAAUCCUCAGCUACGUUGGCGGCCUACUCCCAUUCACAUUUCGCCAGCUCAUCAAGAUAUCGUGGUCAACAUGAAUGCUUGUCCCAAAAUCCCCAAAGAGUCUGCUCUCAUAAGAAAAACCGAGACCUAUAGACAGAUUAUGGCUGUGUAUGGUGACACUUUUAAGUACAUCGGUGAGAAAAGUGGUCAUCCCAUAGAUUUCGCUUCGAUGUACCCUCUUUUCGAUACCCUCCUCUUCGAACGUAGGCUGAACUUGACUUUACCUGACUGGGCUCAAAAGGUCUGGCCCCACCUGACGCCUCUAGCCAUACAGUACUCGAAGAUGGACUCUAUGACCACCACAGAGCGAAGGAUACAGUCGGGACCAAUGUUGGGAAGAAUACAAAACCAAUUCGAUAGAGCGAUAACCGGUGUAGAUUUCGGCACCACCAAAACGAUCUACCGGAAGUACAUGGUCUACUUUGCAACAGAAUGGAUGCUGUUGAACCUGACGUAUACCUUGGGACUUCCGUCCAUAGGUAUACCCGAUUUUGGCGCCCUCUACAUAUUCGAGUUGUGGAAGAAUGAGAUGGGUACUCACUACGUGAAGAUAUAUUUUCGACAUUCAGGCUUGAAAGGUACCAAAGCGAAGCGUGUGGCUGUUGAAGGUGAAAAGGCCAAGCUGAAGUACGAGAAAUUCAAGCAGAUCAUUGCACCUUAUUUGGUGGAUAGUGUAGAAUGGGUAGCUUUAUGUGAAAGUUUUACCCAUAAAAAUGUCACGGUUGAUACUGAUGUACCUAUGUCCUAGUUUAUGUUAAAAUAAAGAUUGUUUUU